UAGCAGAAAUAAUAGAUUUUUAUACUUUGAGAGUUGGGGAAAUGGAGAAGAUUGUUAAUAAAGAGGCUGAAGAGAGUAAGAGAGAGUACUGGAACACUUUCUCUAGCUUCUAUGAAGAUACUGCAGAGUUGGUCACUCUUCAAAGCUCAAUGAUGCUUUAUAGUAUUACACAGAGCAGAAAUAAAUCUAGGAUAUGUGAAGUUGCGAAUGGAUGCGGUCUUGCAAUUAGAAUGUUUGUUGGCCAACUCAUGAAGGAAGGAGCUUACAUGUUCACCUCUGACAUUUCAGAUUUGAUGAAUGAGAUUUUUGUGAAGAGAUUUGGGGAAGCUGACUUUGCCAAGAAUGAGAAAGUUAAACUAACUUCUUUAGAAGAAACAGAAUCUGUGGAUGUAAAUAAAUUAGUGAGCGAUCUUGGAGAUGGUGUUACCAAGAAAGUAUUUAACAUUAGAGCAAGCAACGAAAGUCUUCCUUACCCAGACGCUUGUUUCGAUUUGUAUAUCUCAAGUCUUUCGAUGAUGAUUGUGGACAACCAUCACAAUCAACUCUCAGAAGCUUAUAGAGUUUUAGAAGAAGGAGGAACUGCUGGAUUUACUGUAUGGGGUAGAAAAGAAAACUCUUCCUUCUUUACAUUCUUCCCUAAAGUAUGUAAAGAAGCUGGAAUUGAACUUGAUACUCCAGCAAGGACUAACUUCCACCUGGGUGUAGACAAAGAGGCUCUUGUUGCUGAUGUCAAGAAAGCAGGCUUUAAGUCAGCCAAGGCUUAUUAUACUCAAAUUAAUCCAAACUUUGGCUCUCCAGAAGAUUACUUCAAAUUCUACGUUGGAGCGCCAGGAUUCGCACCAGCCUAUGAAAAACUCAAUGAUGAAGAAAAGACCAAGCUUAAAGAAACAUUCGACAUAAAGUUUGAAGAAGAGUUCGGUCUUGAAUCAGAAACUGGAACUGAAUGGGAAAUUCUUGUUGUGUUAGCAACGAAAUAACUUUUGAUAUUGAUACGCAACCAAUCUUUCAAUUUG